GUAUAUAAGGGUCAGUCCUGCACCUUCAGGAGAAGUGUCCCGCUGUCUGUUCCAGCUGUACUCCCUCUACUGUACACUCCUCUCCUCUACUGUUAUCAGACUGUUGAGCCCAGCCUGUGUGGACUGACUGAAGCAAUGAAUGCAGGUAUCUGUGUAUGUGUACUGCUGGCUGCGUUCUCUGGCAGCAGUUUGGGGCGCCCAUCGCACUCGCAGGAUGAGGACAAGCCUGAGCCCCCCCAGCUCGACAGCGUUAUGUCUCCCCAACACACACGCCACACCCGCUCAGCACCCUCCAGUGGCCAGCUCAUCCCCUUCUCCAAACCGGCAGAGGACGAGGCAGAGGACCCCCGCACCAGCCUGCGCGAACUACUGGCAAGAUUGAUAUCCAGGAAAGGAUCAUUGCAGAGGAGCUCGUCCCUGAGCAGCAGAGCCAGCGGUCCGGGUCCCAGCCACAAGAUAAAGGACAGAGACUACCUGGGCUGGAUGGACUUCGGACGCCGCAGUGCAGAGGAGUACGAGGAGUACUCCUCAUAGAAACAGACGCACCACCACUAAAUCCAUCUCAAUUAUCAGAAAACAAAAAAAUCAUUGUCCCCAAAAGCUAGAUUUAUUAUGAUGUAUUUGAUGUAAAUGUGUUUGUAAAACUGAUAUGAAGCAAUAUAUACACAGUACGUAUACAGAUUUUUGAAGAAAACAAAAAGUUUGAUGCUUUUCUUACAUGUACCCAAUACACAGUCCGAUGUCCUUAAAACACAGAUACCUAAUCAGACAGAUUUUGUAGUAGAAUCAACCAAGUCUGCAUAAUAUAACAUCCUUCUCCAUAGUGUUUCCAAGCACUAAGGCCUUGGGCUCAUUGUAUUCCUAAGUGCCAUGCAGUCUAGUGCUUUUAGUGGGCUCAUGGCUUGCUCUAUUUGUCAUUUACAAAUAAUGUUACACAACGGCUCAUCUGACUCAUAUUUGCUCCCCCAUUAUGCUGAACCACAGUUGCCACACAUUGUUCACAGCUCUAGUCAUCACUGAGCCACAGAGAUGCAGCAACAUACAGCAAGAUCCUCCUCUUAAUUCAGAAGGUACAGGGAGGUUAGACAGUGAGAGACGACAGUGGGUGUAUUAGCAGCACACAGAAUUUAGGUCUGAAAGUGAUACCUCCCUGAGCAACUUGUCUUCUUAUGGACCCACUGUACCAACAGCAGCCCAGCACAUCACUCGGGCUGAAUUAAAGAGCAAGAGCGUUUUUGUUAA